GGGCCCACGUAUCAUCCUCUACCUCCAACCCUUCUUCCUCCUCCCUUCCUCACCCAUGGGCUGCGUCCACGGCCGCCCCUCCGCCCCCUCUCGCCGACCACCCCCAGCAGCCCGCGACCCCCCGCCCGUCGCCCCGAAGAAGCCGCCCGCCGUCGCCGAGAAGGCGGCCGAGGAGGAGGAGGAGAAGAAGACGCCGAAGCCGGCCAGGAGGGAGAGGCGUGCACGGUCGUCGCGGUCUGCCGCCGCUGAGGCGGCCUGCCUGGGGCUCAGGGAGCAGGUGGCGGCCGGCUGGCCCGUCCGGCUCUCCGCCGUCGUCGGCGAGGCCAUCGACGGCUGGACUCCGCGCCGCGCCGACUCCUUCGAGAAGAUCGACAAGGUACGUACUCCUGCCCUCCUCGAGAUCCUCAUCCUCCGCCGCCUCCACCACCCCAACGUCAUCAAGCUCGAGGGCCUCGUCACCUCCCGCAUGUCCUGCAGCCUCUACCUCGUCUUCGAGUACAUGGAGCAUGACCUCGUCGGCCUCGCCGCCAGCCCCGACAUCAACUUCACCGAGCCACAGGUUAAGUGUUUCCCCGACAUGUCGUCUCCACGGCCGCAGCGGCCGGCAACUAGGGCCGCGCCCCCCGCCCGCACCGGCCGCCGCCACCUCGCCCCAGCCGCUCCCUCGUGCCUUCCUCGCUGCCGCGGCCUCCUCGCCCCACCGCGCCCCCGCGUCCCCGACAUGUCGUCCCCACCGCCGAUGUGGCCGGCAGCGACAGCCGCCCCCCACCCCGGCGCGCGACAUCCCCGCCCGCACCGGCCGCCGCCGCCUCCCCCCAGCCGCUCCCUCAUGCCUUCCUCGCCGCCGCGGCCUCCUCGCCCCACCUCGCCCCAUCGCGCCCCCGCGUUCCCGAAGCCGGCACCGCCACCCCCGCCCUUCACCGCACUACCGUCUGAUGGGGAAGAGAAAAAGGGAGAGAAAAGAUAGAGAAGAAAAAGGGAGAGAAAAGAUAGAGAAGGGAGAGGGAGGGAGGAGGAAGAAGGGUUGGAGAGAGAGGAUGACAUGUGGACCCCACAUGUUAAUGGGUCCCACAAUAUAUUUUUUUAUGUGAAUGACAGAUGGGUCCCACAUAUAUUUUUUAAAUUGUAAUGCCACUUAAGCGCCACGUGGGACAAAUACUGGGUCAGCGCCGCCACGUCAGCGCCACGUCAGCAAAACCGCCCUCCAAUACUGCUGGGGAGUCAAAUUGCACCGUUUUCAAUAGUUCGGGGAGUCGUUCUAUCCGGUUUUCUAGUUGAGGGGUACGAAUUAGAUUCGGUGUACAAUUAAGGGAGUCAAAGUGGACAUUUUCCUCGAUUCUUCUAGUAUAACAUUAUUAUUAUUUUUGUUUUCGCGGGCAAAUAAAUGUGAAUCACUCUAAUUUUGAUAGUCAUAGUUUGCUAUAUUUUGAAAUAGAUGAAGUAUAAUAGAGCUUCCACACGCUAGUACGCACCGCGUGUGUAGAUAUAUUGGUUUAGUUUUUUUUUUUAUUUCAAGCAGCCUACAUACUCCCUCCCUCUAGUUUCUAAUGUAUGA